GUAUUUUUGUUGAUGCUGUAAAUUCCAUGGGCCAAACUUCUCUCUUCAUUGCUGCAUUGCUAGGUCUUGGUAAAAUAGUGAAUAUGCUGUUGGAUUAUGGCUCUGAUCCUAAUCAUCGCUGUUAUGAUGGAAGCACCCCAGUCCACGCAGCUGCUUUCUCUGGAAAUCAGUGGGUUCUUCGCAAGUUACUUGAUGAAGGAGGCGAUCUGAGAGUCCACGAUGAAGACGGAAGAAAUCCUCUGUACUGGGCUAUGUUAGCUGGAAAAGAAAGGAGUGCUCAGGUGCUGGAAUUUAUAGAGCGUUGUACACUGCACAUGCAGGCUGCCAUUCAAUAUUUUCCCUCCGACCUGCUCAGGAAGGCUGGCUCAUCAAAAGCACUGGUCUGUAGUCCGUCUAGGUUUGGUGGCCGUGUUCAAGGAAAUGUUGACAGUCCUCUGAGUACAUUUCUGAAAGGUGGAGCUGUUGCAGGCAAGAACAUUUACAGCUUUGGUUUUGGGAAGUUUUAUCUUGCAGGCAGCAGGCUUCUAGGGUACUUGGCAUCCCUCCCUAUUACUGGGGAAAAAGAUGUGGUUCAGGCAGAUGAUGAACCAACGUUUUCUUACCAUGUUGGACCAUACAUGAUCAUGACCAACUUAACGUGGAAAGGCAGCAGAGUUACAGUGAAGGAACUCAGCUUUGAGCCCCAUCAGAACUGUUGUAAACUGCGCUUAGCUGAUCUUCUCAUGGCAGAGCAGGAACACAGUAGUAAACUCCGUCAUCCUCAUUUGCUACAGCUGAUGUCUGUUUGUCUGUCCAGUGACUUGAAGAAAUCUCGUUUAGUAUAUGAAAGGGUUAACUUUGGUUCUUUGUACAGCAUCCUUCAUGAAAGGCGUACAGAAUUCCCAGUACUGUCCAUGGAGACAAUUUUGCAUGUGCUGCUUCAAAUAAAUGAUGCUCUGCGUUUUCUACACUCACAAGGGUUUAUCCACCGCUCAGUUACCUCCUAUGCUAUUCAAAUUGUUUCCUCGGGUGAGGCAAAGCUCUGCAACUUGGAAUACAUGAUAGAGAGCAAAGAUGGUGGAGAACACAGCGAUCUGACACGCAUUCCUGUCCCAGUCCAGCUGUAUAAAUGGUGCUCUCCUGAAGUAAUCCUCGAAAAAGUUGUCACAGUCAAAUCAGACAUUUAUAGCUUCUGUACAGUAGUGCAGGAAGCCUUGACAGAGACCCCUCCCUGGAAAGGUCUCGAAGGCUCAGUUGUUAAACAGCUCAUAGUUUCAGGACAACGGUUAGAAGCAGAUGUCAGACUUCCUGUGCCCUAUUACGAUAUCGUAAAGUCAGGGCUAGAACCUAAACAGAGGAACCGCUCCAUUGAACUUCAGCAUAUUCAGUAUAUACUGAAAAAUGACUUAAAGGACUUAUUUAAGUCUCAGAUUGGUCAUGCUGAUGAAAUGUCAAAAGCACAAAGGUCCACUGUGUUUGGAGAUGUGAACAUCUGUUUGGCAUCAGCUUUUAGGUACCAGAAGAAUACACAGGAAUUGCAGGGAGGAGAGAUAACUGAGACUGAUGGCUCUGCUGCCCCAAGAUACUCUCUUUUUCCUGAGAAGAGCAGUGCUUUAAUGGACCGUGAGACUUCAGCCAAUCUACAGCCAGUUACACAGGACAAAGGUUGUGAUGAAGCUGCUGAAAUCCAGGCAACCUCCAGUGUCAGUGACAUGGAUAAUGACAGCCUCCAUAGCUUUGAAAUCAAUGAAAUCUUUGCUACUUUUCCAGAACAUCUCAAAGAUUUCCUGGAGGAAGAAGCUGAAUUAGGUCAAAUUCUAAAGGGUGAAAAAAAGCAGCAAAAGGAAGAAGAUAAGGUUCCCUCCAGAGACCUGUGUGCAUCCCCUGGAGUGCACUGUGAGAAAAAGUCAGCUUAUGAGGAAGGUGACUUUUCAGAAUGGGAUACAGAGUACACUACAGAAGAGGAGGAGAGGAUAAGUGAGGCCUCGGACGUGUGCACGAUGGCACAGGUGAGAGGAGAUGCUGGGAAAAGAGUGAGUAGUGUGUCGCAAAAUGAGCAGCACAUCAGCAGGUGUGUCCUUAAUUUAAAGAUUACUCAAAGUAUGUUGCAGCAGGCAGCAGAUUCCCUGUGCAGAACAGAGGAGAAACUGGACAAAUUACAGGCCACUGAAAAGCAAAAGAAGCUACUCCAGGAAAUCAGAAUGAGUCAGCCUUCUAAACAGUGUUUUCAAGAAGGACCCUGGAACAGGUCUGAUGAUACUUCUCAAAAUACAAAUAACCCUUUUUCUGGAGUUAAUGCUUUUUUAUGGAAGGCUGUAGGUCCACCAUCAAGUGACUACAUUCCACCAGUGAUGGUGUGUCAGACUCAAGGAGCAUCGGGUGGAGAAAGUUUCCAAGCUGUUUCAAAGACAGCAAAGGAAAUGGAAGUGACUGGAAAUGAAAGGUGGAAGUACUUUCAUGAGAAGAGUAAGAGGAAAUACAAAAACCAGCAUCAUGAUCUCACCUUCAGUGUGGAGAAAAGCCCAGAUGUUCAAAUGAGCCUAGACCGUGAGGUAAAUCAGCGUUUACUCCCACGUGUGUCUGUAAGAUGCAAAAAAAAGUUCAACUUGCAGUGUCAGAGAGGAGGUGAUUCACAUUCUGCAGCAAGUAGAAGUGAAGGAGAGAGGUGGUGCUAUCCAAAACCAGGAUCUGAAAGUUACAGUACAAAAAUAAGCCAGAGAAAGAUGAUGCAGUCAGAAUGGAGGACUGAAGUAAAGCAAAUGGCCAGAAGAGUGGCCUCAGGACAACUAGAACUUAGCUCUCAGUAUCCAGCUGGUGAAUGUACAUCUGAAAGUGAAGAGAGUAUGAAGGAGGCCUUUGAACGUGUCUCUGUUAAAGGCCAAAAGAGCCAAGACCAGCAAAGAUACAGGUGGCAGACAGAUGAUAAUGCUGAGCCUUGGAAUCUGGGCAGUGAGGAUAGAUCUGAAUCCGAAGAGAGUGAUCUGGAGUCUGCAUUCAGAAGUUCUGGAGGGAGAAGUUGCCAGUCACCAUCACAAGAUGAACAAGCGGAGUCUGGAAUAACAGUCCUUCCUCGACAAGUUGAGAAUCUCUCUAGAGGGCAUUCAAGGGAGUUACAUCGUUCAUCUCCUGAUGUGUCUGAAGAAUUCUUGACUUCUGAUGCUGAUUAUUUACUUCCUCCUACUACUCAGGAAAGCACAGAGCCUCAGGCCUCAGAUGCUGAGGGCAAAGUAGAAGAUGCUUGUGAAGGAUUUUUACAGGAACAGUUACUUGAAGGUACAGGAUCAGAUAUUCAGGUUUCAGGAGGAAGAAUACUGUUCUGCAGCACAGCAGCGCACAACUCUGCCAGUGACAUGCUAGGAGUGAAUCAACUUAACCAUAUGCCUAUAGCCAGUGUUGAAGCAGCACAAGGAAUGAUACUGCAGGAGUCACAGGAAGAAUGCAAAGAAAAAGAUGUGUCAGUGACGGACAUUCAGGAUUUGUCGUGUAUCCUCUACGAGCAAGAGAACAGCAGGGAUACAGAUUGUAAAACACCCAGGGUGAGCCAUGCACCAAUAAACGUCAGCACUCCGCUCAGCACAGAAAAAAAAAAUCUCAUAGCCUUUGAGAAACGCAAACACCGCCAUGAAGUAGCUUCAGAUUCCUCCUUUUGCGGUUCUCACGAGAUCUCCUCUGCAGCAUCCAGGAUGUUCAUUACAGCCUACGAAGAGGAAAAGAGCACUGAAAUUCCCUCAGUUGCUUCAGGAGUUUGCUCAGCUCAACUGAAUGAGCCAGAUGUGGUGCCAGUUGCUUCAACCUUGAGAAGCGCUAGGAAGGCAUCUGCACUCUCACAGGAAUCAAACCACUUCAUUGAUGAGCUGCCUCCACCAGCCCAAGAACUGCUGGAUGAAAUUGAAUAUUUAAAGCAGCAAGAUUCUGUUGCUCAAGACUUUAAAGAGAAGGGAUUGUAUGACUGCGGCGUGCAAAUAAAUGUUCCUGAUCAAAUUAAAAUGGAAGACAGAGAGUCAAAAAAAGAAUCGGAGAGAAGUGAGGAGGGAAAUCAUAGUUUGUGGACUAAGGAUUCCUUUAAUCUAGCAGAGGAAACAGAAAGGGCUCACUCUACUCUUGAUGAUGUUUUAGAAAGGAUACUCCAUGCGAUUCCUGGAGAUGAGGAGCUGCAAGAACAGCCUCAGGGACACUCUCUUGGGGCUGCAAGCCUGCAAGAUCCAGAGGAUGUUGGAAGGAAGAAUGGAGUAGAGGAAGGAAGAGCUGGGUCUGGAGGCAGAGCACCAGAAAGCUAUGCAGGGAGUUCAGAAGGUCUUCUUGGUCUGUAA